AUGAAACCAUUUUAUUUUCUUUCGUUUCUUCUUCUAUGGUCAUCAACAGUAGUACUAGCAUUCAAUACCAAUACCAAUACCAGUACCAUAUUACAAAUAAACAAUCAAUUUAAUAAUUCAGAUUGUUCAUUAGUAAUAAAUCAACCAUUAUCACAACAAUGUCAAUUCAUUAAAGAUAAUAAUUGUCAAUCCAAUGGAUUAAUAAAUUAUUAUAAAUUAUAUUAUUGUCAAUUAUUACUUUUCUCCCCUAUUUCAACUAAUAUAUUAUCAAUAUUAACAAUUUUACCAUUAAUUAGUUGUUUAAUAUUUUGUUUUAUAUCAGUUGGUAUAAUAGCAUCAGAAUAUUUAUGUCCUAAUUUAUAUACUAUAUCACAAUUUUUAAAAUUACCUGAUACUUUAGCUGGAUUAACAUUAUUAGCAUUUGGGAAUAGUUCACCUGAUGUAUUUGGUACUUAUCAUGCCAUUAAUUCAAAUUCUUUAAAUCUUGCCAUUGCUGAAUUAAUUGGUGCUAGUUUAUUUAUUAUGACCAUUGUUAUAGGAACAAUAGCUAUAAUUGAACCAUUUAAUGUUCCCAAAAAUUUAUUUCUUCGAGAUUGGAUCAUGUAUAUUAUGGUGUUUACAUUAAUGAUGAUUUCAUUUAUUAUUGGUGAAUUAAAUUUAUUGAUUUGUAUAUUAUUGAUGAGUUGUUAUAUCAUAUAUGUUGGAAUAGCAAUAUAUUCUCAUUCACAAAAGAAAAUUAGAAUUAAUAGAUUAUUACGUGAACAAAGAUCAAGAGGACAAUAUAGUGUUGAAAAUGAUGAUGUGAAUAAUCAUAAUAAUCAUAGUAAUAGUAAUAAUAUUGAUGAAAUUUAUCUUGAUUCAAUUGCAUCAUUACCAACAAUAGAUGAUUUGGAUUUACAACAAAUUAAUGAUGAAGUUGAUAAUUUACAAUACGAAUUUUCAACUGGUAGUAGUAAUAUUACUGUUUCCUCUACUGCUGCUGCUGCUGCUGCUGCAACUUCUGUUGGUGGGCAUUUUGGAUUGAAAAUGUUACUUAAUGAUUUAGAUCAACAUUCGAAAAUAAAGGGAACAAUUCAAUUGAAUUCAACUAGACAAUUAUUAGCCAAUGUCAAUGAAACUGUUACUGUUACUCCCACUUCUACACCAACAACUAUACCUACACCUACUACCACUACUACCACUAACAAUAAUUCAUCAUUUAAUUUGAAAGCAAAAGAUUUAUUACAUUUAUUAUUACCACAAUUGAAUCAAUGGUAUGAAUUUUCCAUAUAUGAUAAAUUUUAUUUUAUUAUUAGUUUACCAAUUCAAUUAUCAUUAAAAUUAACUACCCCAAUUAGAGAUGAAAAUACAAUAAAUCUUAUAAUGAAUGAUAUUCAUAAUCUAACCUAUAAUAAUAAUAAUAAUAAUAAUAAUAAUGAAGAUUCUUCAUCAUCAUCAACAACAACAACAACUUCUACUACUACUACUACUACUAUAAGGGUAACAAGAUUUGAUUAUUUACAAGAUAAACAAUUAUUACUUAUUCAAACAUUCCCAGGAAUAUUAUUUUUAAUGUUCAGUUUAUUUGGUAAUACUUUAUCAUCAUCAUCAUCAAAAAUAAUAUUAAUACUUAUUUCAUUAUUGAUAUCUAGUGGUUUAAUCAUAAUUAUCAAUAUUUAUUAUCCCAAAUAUCAAUAUAUAUCAUCAUCCUUAUCAUUAUCAUCAAUAUUUAUUUCUCGUAUAAAAUUUAUUAAUAUUUAUAUGAGUAUAAUUGGAUUUAUAUUAUCAAUUUGUUGGAUUUCAUUAAUUUCUAAUGAAAUUAUUAAUAUUUUAUAUAUUAUAUCAAUAAUUUAUCAAUUAAGUCAAGAUAUUUUAGGAUUAACAAUUUUUGCAUUAGGUAAUUCAAUUGGUGAUUUUUCAUCAAAUUAUACUAUUGCUAUAAUGGGUAAACCAAUAAUGGCAUUUACUGCAUGUUUUGGUGGUCCUUUAUUAGCUAUUUGUUCAUUAGGUUUAAAUGGAUUGAUAAUAAUAAUUGGAAGAAGAGAAGGAGAAGGAAAUAAACUUGAAUUGAAAUUAACAAAUACUUUGAUUAUUAUUUGUUUAUCAUUAUUUAUAACUUUAAGUUAUUUAAUUUAUAUUAUACCGAAAAAUAAUUGGCAAAUUAAUAAAAAAAUUGGUAUUAUACUUGUUAAUAUUUGGAUAAUUACUUGUUCUUUAUGUAUAAUUAAUGAAAUUAAAAAAUAG